AUGGAUGAUGACCUUACCUUCGGUACUUCAGUUUGGGGCUCUACAGAACCUGUUGAUCUACUCGCAAGCAAUUCCAAGUCAUCCGAGGACACCACUUCUCAGCGAACAGACGGAGACGAGUUUGAUGAUUUCGACGACUUUGGAUCACCAGAGACAGGUAAUAUUCCUGUGGAUGAUGAUGAUUUUGGAGACUUUGGAGAUGCGGACGAGUCCACACAACCCGUCGAUUUUAAGGAGGAAAUGGCAUACCCGGAGAUACCCAUUGCAGGUCCAUCGCGAAUAGAUUGGGAACCUUUACAUUUACAUCCAUUUCCUGACCGGAAAAUGCUGACGGAUCAGGUUAAUGCAAUCCUGGAACCUGUCUGGAGUAGUUGCUCUAUAUCGCAUUACACCACGAAGGAAGGAAUUCGGGAUGUGGAGGGGGUCAACCAAAUAUUGGUGACAAAUGAGAGUCGCGGCCUUCAUGCUAUGUUAGUCCAAUCACCACCACCCACAAAACCUUCCAACUGGAUACGGUCUCGAAUACGACGUCAGCACUUGAUCGCCUUGGGCAUACCCGUGAAUUUGGACGAAGUUCUUCCGCAAGCCGGUGGAAAACCUCUGCCACCCUUGCAAAUCACUACCCGACCUAUGUCUGCACCUCCGGGUCCGCGAAAUGCAAGAAAUUCCACUUCUACACCUGCAUCCCAAAACAAUUCCCGCGCAGGCUCUCCGCAUUCCAACGCCAAAUUAUCUCAGUUCGGCCCAAAGCCAUGUCUUGACGAUGACAAGAUAAAGGAACUGCUUGAGAUCGAUCCCGAAAACCUGAAAUUACAACCAUUAUCCGUGAUAGAACGACACUUCGCGAACGUUAGAUCCCAGACAGCCCAAACCAACGCUCUUCUUACCUACUUACUACAGACACGAGAAUCCUUGCAGCAGGACUCAGAAACAUACAAUGGGUUGAUCGCGGAACUAAUUGGGGAAGCACAGAAAAACAAAGCAGGGAAAAGUCGAACUGCGGCUCGAAGAGGUACUGGCAUGACUUGA